GAUUAAGGAAAAGGCUUUCCACUGAACGGAAUUCUGAUGGUGACUGACAGUGACUUUUUCUUUUCGGCUAACGUGUGGCAGAGCGCGAUGAAUGCCCAUGCAGGAGUGGUGUUCUCAGCCGCAUUCGCUUACCAAGACCCGUCCUGUUUCUCAUUGGUGAAUAGGGUACAGAUUGCCUCGAUAGUAGAACAGCUCUCAUGCAUUUUUCCCUGACGAACAUACCAACAGACAGUUAAAACAGGAGCCUUCAGAAUACCACAGGCCUAUUUAUUGUUGUAGCUGUUCUUCGGUAAGCAAAUAGAAUGCGUUUAUUUUUUUUGAGGAGCCAGAAAUAGCCGGUAUACGUUUUCUAAUCAAAAAGCCAGCCUUAAAUGAAUCACAACCCUCAGUACAAACAACGGAUAUACGAGGACACUCGAAGGACGCGCUUUAUUUUGGAAUAAGCUGAGAAGUCUCUCGAUGGAUAGGCAGUGACAUCUCUUCACUUAACUGCAAUACAUCAUCGACCAAGGAAAAUCAAAGAACCCAGGCAAAUUGCACCUAGCCUAAUAUCUGCAAUCUCUUGAUGUCGGAGGUGGUCGUUUCGUCUCAUGUCCGAGUACCUGACGGACGGAAGCGCAUUCUCCAGCUGUUUUUAUCGGAGGGAAAUUAAACACAAUGGAGGAAUGCGUCAAGCAAACACGAGAGUUAAGCUCUGUUCACUUUUCUUUUCCGGCUCUCCUUUCAUGACAAUGUCUUGGCCGCAACUGAGUGUCUAUAUAUGCCGUUAAUCGUUCCUGAUUUAAUCCAAUACCCCGAAUCAAAUAAACUAGUCUACUAUUGCACUUACUUCUGAAGGGUGUUGGGGCAAAACGAUGGUAUGGUUCCAGUUUUUCUCUACCAUCAAAGGUGAUGCGUUUAUAUUUGGUAGUUUGGUUUUACUUUUUUGUUAGAAGACUUGCUGCUUUAAACUAUUUUGUAGGCAUCUGCAGUAAUAAACCAUAGCAACAACAUGCAUCUAGGAAUAGAUGAGCCCAGGGAAUGCCAGUACAAUCAGAUCUGUACACAUAACUCUUCACCCAUGGAGACUCCCCACACAAAGAAAAGGAGAGUAAAGAGAAAGUGGCAGGUCUUUCCUGGCCGGAACAAGUUCUACUGUGAUGGGCGAAUCAUGAUGGCAAAGCAGACCGGGGUGUUCUACCUCACGGUGGUGCUUAUCUUGGUCACCAGUGGACUUUUCUUCGCAUUUGAUUGCCCUUUUCUGGCCUCCAACCUGAGCCCUGCCAUCCCAGCCAUUGGCGGAGUCCUGUUUCUCUUCGUCAUGGGCAUGCUUCUCCGGGCCAGUUUCAGUGACCCAGGAGUUCUGCCUAGGGCCACCCCAGAUGAGGCUGCAGAUGUGGAGAGGCAGAUAGAUGCAGCCAAUGGUGCGGGUGGUCCGGGCUAUCGGCCUCCGCCUAGGACCAGAGAGGUGGUCAUCAACGGGCAGACGGUCAAGCUGAAGUACUGCUUCACCUGCAAGAUCUUCAGGCCGCCACGAGCGUCUCACUGCAGCCUGUGUGACAACUGCGUGGAGCGCUUCGACCACCACUGUCCCUGGGUGGGCAACUGCGUGGGAAAACGAAACUACCGUUUUUUCUACCUGUUCAUUCUCUCCCUCUCUUUCCUUACCAUCUUCAUCUUCGCCUUCGUCAUCACCCACGUCAUACUGAGAUCCAACCGGACUGGUUUUCUCAGCGCCCUCAAAGACAGCCCUGCCAGUGUGCUGGAAGUUGUGGUGUGUUUUUUCUCCGUCUGGUCCAUCGUGGGCUUGUCAGGCUUCCACACCUACCUGAUCAGUUCCAACCAGACCACCAACGAAGACAUCAAAGGGGCUUGGUCAUCCAAGCGGGGCAAGGACAACUACAACCCCUACAGUUCCGGCAGCAUCCUCACCAACUGCUGCACCGCCCUGUGUGGCCCCCUUCCGCCCAGCUUGAUUGACAGGCGAGGAUUUGUGGAACCAGACAGCGCUCAGCCCAUGGCUCAGUCAAACGGCACCAACACAUGUCCCUUGACUCAGCUUCAAAGUCAUAUGUGUCACCAAGACCAGUGCAUCCAGAGCACCAAAUUCGUUUUGCAGGCUGCUGCCACCCCACUCUUGCACACCCAGCCUGCAUUGCUGAGCGGCGGAGGCCCCCUCAUGCAUGGGAAGUCUACCGUGGGGGUUCCUUGCUCAGUGCUGCUUCCCAGCCAGGCCUCCCUCCCGCUCCUCACCUCCCUUCCCUCUUCUGUCCCGGGCAUGAGCUGUGGAGGAGAGCUGCUGUCUCUCCACGACUCAGAAAGCCACUGUCCCCACCAGCUCCCCCACCAGCACUUCAUCGGCUCAGAGGAGACGCCGUCGCCCCCUGCCGUCAUGCCCUGCGCCGCCCACGUGGGCCACCACGUGCACCCGGCACUGCACUAUGACCCCGCCAGUCAGGACUCGCUGCACGAGGACUCCGUGCGCGGGCUGGUGAAGCUCAGCUCCGUGUAAGGAGUAACAGGAAGGUUCGGCUCGAGUGGACCAGCCUUCGAGAGGCUCGAGCGGUCGAGUCAGGGCCAGAAGCCAUACUUUUUAUCCGCACAGAAUGACAACCACUUCCAGUGUGCUUUUUGUCGUAUUAAAAGGCUGUCAGGCUAUAACUCCAUGAGACCCAAGCAAGGACCAAAAGCAGAGUCUUGGUACAGGAGAGCUGAUUGGCUAGAUCCCCACCCCAAGUGUACCUCAAGGUGAAUUCUGUGCUUAAGGACCAAGUGCAGCAUACGUUAUCAGCCUACUGACACAAUGACCAACCUUUGUUUCUAUUAAGGAUGUCAUUGUGUAACCGAGUCAUUCCACUACAGCACUGAAAAUGUGACUAUGGGCAAGGUCAACCCCAGAAAUCUGUGUUACUCCCUUGUACAGGGAUGUUUCAUGACUAUGGAGUGAUGUCAUGAUGUCACACAGGGAUCUCACAUGAUUCUGGAGUGAUGUACUUUAAAAUGGAAACACACUGAUUUAAAUGCAAUCUCACUGCCUUUAAAAUCUCUGGGGUUCUGACAAUAUGACAGUGGUUUGUGUGACGAUUAUGAAAUAUGCUAUCGUCAUAUUGCAUCACAUUUUUUUUUGGAAAUGUUGAAAUCAAGUGCCAACACAUUAUAGUGAUGUGACUAUGUGCCAAAUACAAGUUUACUGAUUUACCAUUGUAGAGGUGAUAUC